UGUACACAGUUUAUAUUAUUUCAUGUGUCAUGUACCUACGCUACGUUGCAUUUGCAAUAUUUGCAUGCUGCUUUCAUCUUCGUGAUAUCUUCAGUUUAAGAAUUUUAAUUUCUCAAGAGUGUUUGUAAAAAGCGACAACGUCCCAAUUGAUCCAGAAUGGAAGCUAGUGAUCGCCUGCUGGGUACAGGUGGUGUGAGUAAAGACAAACAAUCAGCAAAUAUUAAACCAUCCAGAGUCAAGUGUGACAUUGUGAAUGAAUGUCAGAUUUUUAUCAAAGCUGAAGAUGGAAGUGGUGAUGCCCCCAUGAAUGUGACCGACAAGGCUGUGCUUAGUAAAAAAGGUUCCUAUAAUAAAAUAUUCAUAGGGAGUCCAAAAUUUGUUACUUCAACACCUGAUCAAAAGAAGGAUAGUGCAACUGAUAAUUUGUCAGCUGAUUCCAAUCCUGAAUGUGAUUUUAUUGAUCCUCAUAUAGAAGAUGUUCCGGACUUGCCAAUGGAUGAUGGCCUCCCCGACACAGUGACAGUACUGAAUGCUGAAGAUGGAGGCAAAGUUUAUGUAGUGGGCACGGCUCACUUCAGUUUGCAGUCCCAAGAGGAUGUUUCUAAGGUUAUUCAAGAAGUGAAUCCACAUAUCGUAAUGGUGGAAUUGUGCCAGCAAAGAACUAAUAUUUUGCUACUAGACGAAGAAAUUAUACUCAGAGAAGCCAAAAAUAUUAAUAUUAAGAAGAUCAGGGAAACUAUGGCUCAGAAUGGUGUGUUCAAUGGCCUUAUGUACAUUUUACUAUUAAACAUGUCCGCCCAUAUUACGAGAGAGCUGGGCAUGGCGCCUGGUGGAGAAUUUAGACGUGCUAUGGCUGAGGCGAAGAAAAUUCCGAACUGUAUUGUCCAACUCGGCGACCGGCCGAUCGACAUAACUUUGCAUAGGGCCAUUGCAUCACUGUCCUGGGGACAGACUAUACGUUUCAUUUGGCAUUUGCUCACAUCAAAUAAGAGUAUAAGCGCUGAGGAAGUAGAAAAGUGCAAACAGAAGAAGAUGCUAGAGGACAUGUUGGAGGAAAUGGCGCAAGAGUUUCCCGCUUUAGAGCGAGUCUUUGUUGUCGAGAGGGACAUGUUUCUGUGUCACUCGCUACAACUCGCCGCAAUGCAGCCACGUAGAGAGCCUUGUCGCAUAGUGGGAGUGGUUGGCAUUGGUCACGUGAAUGGUAUCGUGCAGCAUUGGGGCAAGAUAAAACCACAGGACAUACCACCGUUGCUAGACGUGCCGCCGCCAUCUUUGACGACUCGCGUGGUGCGCGUGUCGGUGCGCGUGGCGCUGGCGGGCGCGCUCGUGUACGCGGCCGCGCGUCUCAUGCCGCGCCGCUGGCUGCCAUGAUGACGCACACGCUAGUCUCUUCUGCAUAAUUCUUUUAAAGACUAAUAGGUAAGAAGAAUUCAAUUUGAAAACGAAUGUUUGUGUGAUAAAGUGUAAUUGUUAAUGGUGAAUAUAUUGUUAUAAUUAUACACAGUUAUUGAAUUUAUCUUAAAAUAAUAGGUAUAGUCUUAAUUUUUUUAUCUCAGAUGACUUUAUCAACUUACUUUGUAGCUCAUAUUUAUGUUCAUUACGUAUGUCUGCUAUGUUUCUGUCCUACUUAAUUAUUAUUUACUAAAGUGGCUGAUUCAUUAAAAGCUUUAAGGCCUUAUGUCUUUAGUAAGAAUUGCCGAUAGUGUUAUCCGUAAUGCCUUUUCAAUUCAUAUAUCUGGCCAUAUUGUAGGGUAAUUGGACAAAAUAUAAGUAUUACUUGAAAUUAUGAGUAAGUACCUAGUUACUCAAUUUCAAAAACUAUACCACGAAAUAAUAUGACAUCUUAGUCUCAAAGAUAGUACCGCAAAGUCUAUUUUUACUAUCUUCUUUUAUGAUCUUUUAGUCUAAGGUGUCAUAUUAUUUCGUGGUUUGUUUUUGAACUUAAGGAACUACUAAUAAUUUUAAAAACUUUUUGUCAAACGGUCCCUACAAUAUGGCUACAAUAUACGUUGCCAGCCUCUAUCUACAUGUCCAUUAUCGUCUUACCUUUAAAAAAAAUUUACGAGGUAGAAAAACACCUUAAUAUACGAUACAAGCGAAGUCAAAGUGUGUAGAUUGACCUCUCAAACAAAGUCACUUAUUAUAUCCAACAUCAUCUAUAUGUAUAUCAACUAGCAAGACAUGGAUGAUAGCCACAAUCUUAUUUACAUAACCAUUUUUGUUCAUGGCUCAAAAUUUAUUUUUAUCACCUUUUAUGUUCCCUGACACAUGCCAUUCCAUCUUUGUUCAAAUCUAUUGCUGUUUCUCUUCUACCGUAGUUCUUCUACGUAGGAUAAAAUUAUAGUGGCUUUUACCUAACAUUUCCCAUCUUUUAUCAGAUCUCUGAUUAUUUAACAUAGAAACACAUCUAGACACUCUGUGCUUCGCUUGCUGUUAGAUAUAAAUAUAUUAGAUGCACUCGCUUAUUUAUGAUUUUUCCAAAACUAAUUACCUUAAUCCUGUAACUACCGGUAUCUUCACUUAAGAGUUUUCUAACUGUCUUUAGAAUGCCGAAUAAAAUAUAAUAAGGAUAUCACUGUACUAUAGUAAGGAAACUUAUUCAAGAAAAUAGGUACACAAAGAUUUCAUUUUGGCUUACUCUUACUACUUAUUUUUUAAACUAAUUAUUCACAAAAAGGCCGAAUUUCGUUUAAGAAGGAAACAAAUACCUAUAUAACUAUAAUUUCAUUUAUUUUCUACUGAGUAACCAUGCAAACUGCAAUAUUUUUUUUUAUUUUAUUGAAAUGACAUUGAAAUUAUGUAAUUAGUACUGCAUAUUGGUGUAAAUAUGUAAUAUUAAUACUUACUUUAUAAUUUCGGUCUAGCGAUUUUAUCGUUAGACUUUAAUUAUUGGAAUUUAAUGUAUGUAGAAAAUUUAUUAAGUUUUAUUCAUGUCAGGUACGUGAUAUAGCCAGAAUAGCAUGAUCAGUUUUAAUUUGAUUCAAUAAUAAUUAUCUUCAUAAAACAUAUUUAGUUUCAUGCAAUUUAAUAAAUAAUAUCUUAAAAUGCUUAGAUUAAUGUUCAUUUUCAAAUGUUCUUGAGAACUGUGAUAAUGAGCAACACACAUGUCCAUCCUUUAUUAAUUAUAUGAAUAACAUGUACAAGUUGAUAAGAGUGUAAUUUUCAUAUGACUUUGUUAAUAUGGAAAUAUGUGCUGAUCUGAAAUAUUGGUGGUCACAACUUAGGACUCCAACGAUUACUUCAAUAAAUUUAUUAUUAUUA